UCCUGGGGCUGCAGCACCUGGCGCAGUUCCUCAUUCCGCUCGCACUCGGGCCUCAGACUGGGUGGAGCUCAGCACUGGGGUGUUAGUGGCAGCACUGAGGGGCCCCCACUGCCCCGUCAUGGUGUCUGCUCUCACCGUCCUCCUCCUCGGCUGCUGGCUGGCCGGGUGGAGCAGGGUGUCAGGACAGCCCAGCUACCCCAAACCCAACAUCUCCCUCAGACCCAGCGGGGGGGUCUCCCUGAGGGCAGCUGGGACCAUCCAGUGUCGGGGGCAGCGCCUGGGCAUGCGAUUCAUGCUGAAUAAAGAGCGACGCCAUUUCCCACCUGUGGAUUCGGACGGGUUCGAGGCUGUGUUUUCCAUCAGCAACGUGAGCUGGGAGGACGGCGGGAGCUACAGCUGCUCCUAUCACAGCAGAUCCGAGCCGUUCUCCGUGUCGUACCCCAGCGACCCCGUGGAGCUGGUGGUGAGAGAUCCCAGCUUACCCAGACCCUCCAUCUCUCUGAGCCCCACUGGGGUCACCGCCCCAGGGGCAGACGUCACCAUCCGGUGUCAGGGGCCGCGCCGGGACGUGAGGUUCUUCCUGCACAAGGCUGGAGACCUGAACCCGCAGCGACACAUGGACCCUGCUGGGGACGGGGCCGAGUUCCGCAUCCCCACCGUGGGCCGGCAGCACGGAGGGAACUACAGCUGCAGCUACCGGCUCCAAUCAGAGCCCUUCGUCUCCUCAGAGCUCAGCGACCCCGUGCAGCUGGUGGUAGCAGGUGGAACCGACCCGACCCAGCCUGGAGCGGUGCCGGCUCCCACGCACCCGGGCAGCGCGUGGACAGCAGCCCCCAAAGGGCACCCGGAUUUCACCCACGCCAACAUCGCCCGUCUGGGGCUGGGCACCGUGGCCCUGCUUGUCCUGGGACUGAUCCUGGCUGAGGCCUAUUUCAGCCACCCGAGGGGGGCGCCCUAGGUGAGGUGACCCCUUUGUCACUCACCUCUGGAUCCUUUUCCAGUUUCUCCACAUCCUUUCUACACAGCGGUGACAGAACUGGACACAGCACUCCCGGCCUGCCCAGCGCCGAGCAGAGCGGUACUCUCAGCGCCCGUGACUUGCACGCUUCACCUCUGUUAAUGCAGCCGAACAUUGCAUUUGCUUUUGUUUUGCAACGGCAUCGCGUUGCUGACUCACGUUGAGGGUGUGGUGAUCCACGACAACUCCCCGCUCCUUCUCAGGAGUGCUGCUGCCAAGCCAGUGAGCCCCCAUCCUGUGCUUGUGCAUUUGGUUUUUCUUCCCUAAGUGCAGCACCUCUGUUGACUUUCAAACAGCUUGGAAAAGAGAU